UCAGAACCGGCUAGAUCUCGUCAUUAUUUCCUGCCUGAGAAGAGGAGCUAUUUUAGUUAAGCGAAGCUGAGCAAAGAGGAAGUCUAAACCUUCUAGAUUGGAGACUAUGAAAGGAGCAUCUCUGCAGAAACUCUGUAGCGCACAAAAGGGUAUUUAUGGAGUGCAGCAGUUGUUCCUAAAUUCAGUUAAAAUAGGAUGUCUGGAAACCAGCACCCUGAAGAAUACCGGAUUGCAUCACUGGUCUUCUACAGUUUUAUAUUCACAGUGGGACUGUUGGUGAAUGCCACUGCACUAUGGGUUUUUAGCUGCACUACCAAGAAGAGAACAACUAUAACUGUAUAUAUGAUGAAUGUGGCAUUACUUGACGUAAUUUUUAUAUUUUCCUUGCCUUUUCGGAUAAUCUACCAUGGGAAAGAAAUGUGGCCUUUUGGAGAUAUAUUCUGUCGGAUUAUCAGUGCUUUCACUAUAUUUUAUCCAGCCAUUGCUCUGUGGUUGCUCACUUUCAUAAGCGUAGACAGAUUUAUGGCUAUUGUCCAGCCCAAACAUGUCAAAGAACUAAAAAACACCAAAAAAGCUAUGCUGGCUUGCGCUGGAAUCUGGGUAAUGACCCUCGCAACAACGUCCCCAUUGCUGUUUUUACAAUCUGAUCCAGACAAAGCCUCGAAUUUCACCACCUGCAUGAAAAUGCUUGAUAUCAUCCAUUUAAAGGAAGUAAAUACACUGAACUUUUCUCGCUUGAUUUUUUUCUUUUUGAUUCCUUUGUUUAUCAUGAUGGGGUGUUACCUUGUCAUUAUUUAUAAUUUUAUCCACGGCAGGACUUCCAAACUGAAGCCUAAGGCCAAGGAGAGAUCCAUAAGAAUUAUAGUUACUCUAAUUGCUCAAGUACUCAUUUGCUUCGUACCCUUCCACGCUUGCUUCGCCUUCCUGAUGUUGCAAAAUGAAAACACAACUUAUAAUCCCUGGGCAGCCUUUACCACCUUUCUCAUGAAUCUCAGUACAUGCUUGGACGUUAUACUGUACUAUAUUGUUUCUAAACAAUUUCAGGCAAGAGUUAUCAGUGUAAUCCUUUAUCGCAAUUACCUUCGCAGCGUGCGCAGGAAAAGUUUUCGAACUGGAAGUGUAAGAUCACUCAGUAAUAUGAAUAGUGAAAUGAUAUAGAAAGAUUAAAAAAAAUGUCAGGGGAUUUUUGCAGUGUAAACAAGUGAUUAUUUUUCUGAAUUCUAGCAUUUUGACUGCACUGAAGAAUGUGGUAUAGCCAGAAGUAACAGAUAUGUUUGUUGCCCUGUAAAUAUGAGAGAAGCUGAAUAAUUGCACCUCUUUAUAUUUGCUCAACAGCUUUUGUAAAUCUGAAAUGAACUGAAACCUAGUAUUAAGUGUUAAACUUUCCAAUGCUUUUGUCAUUUCAAACGACUGUGAAUAUUGACAGACAUGAAGAAGUGACUUUUAGUGUAAUAAAGCAGGCAACACCGAAGAA